GGAGAACCCGGCGCAAACCCACAGGCGCGUCACUUCGGUCCAGGACAGGCACAGAGGUCCAGCCACGAGAGGAAAAACACUCAGAAACCUUAAAUACUGCAACAGGCACAGAGUAAGGCGCUGGAGAUGAAGCAUCUUCCAUGUGUUUUCUUUAGUUUGGUUCUAGUGGCGUGGGGCGCAGUCCCCGGAUCUGUGGGUGAAAUGUAUACGUCGCUGCAGAACGUGAAGCAGGCCAUCAGUGUGGAGCGAAAACUGAUCGAUUACUUAAGAACUUAUAUUGACCAUGAGUUAGAGAGACUGGCGGACAUCAAGCGUUUUUAUGCCAAAGUGUCCGACCUGCACACUGAGGUUUACAAAAGCCAGGAGACUGCAAUGGCAAACCCGCUGGUUGCAUUCACCCUCAUCAAGCGUCUCCAUUCAGAAUGGCUGAAUGUAGUUUACAGCGACGAGGCUCUUGAAAACACACAAGCUCUCAGGUCCAGUUACGAGAAGGAAGAGGCUGGUUUGCCCAAACUGGAAGACCUCCAGGGGGCUGCCAAAGGGCUGAUGAGGCUCCAGGAUGUGUAUGCCCUCCAAGUGGCGAGCCUUGUAAGGGGUCAUUUCCGGAGCGUCACUAACGGACAGGCUACAGAUAUCUAUAUGCCCGAUGUAUCCGUCCCACUGUCUGGUGAUGACUGCUUUCUUGUUGGAAAGGUUGCCUAUGAUCAAGAGGACUACUACCACUCAGUGCAGUGGCUGGAGGAGUCGGUUCGUCUCUUCAGAGGAUCAGGAGGAGAGUGGAGCCCUGAGAAUGAAGGGACUUUAAAGGAUGCACUGGAUCACCUGGCUUUCUCUCAUUUUAAAACAGGAAAUGUCUCCUAUGCAUUAAGUCUGUCUCAAGAGUUACUGCAUCAUGAUCCAGUGAAUGGAAGAGUUUUGCAGAAUGUUGAGAAAUAUGAGAAGCUGCUCAUGGAGAGACCACACAUAUCAAAUAGAGGUGGUGGGUUGAGGAGACCUGCAUCUAAAUACUUAAGAACUAGGAACACUUAUGAGAGACUGUGUCAGACCCAAGGCUCACAGCCAGUACAUUUUGAAAACCCCAGACUAUUCUGCGACUAUUUCACCAGCGGCAGUCCAGGUCUUCUCCUGGGCCCAGUAAAACGGGAAGUGCUGAGCCUGCAGCCAUAUGUGGUCCUGUACCACGACUUCAUCACUGACGCAGAAGCAGAAGACAUCAAGAUGCUCGCCCAGCCAGGAUUAAGAAGAUCUGUGGUUGCAGCUGGAGAAAAACAAGCAACAGCAGAUUAUCGCAUCAGCAAGAGUGCAUGGGUGAAGGACUCUGCUCACUCUGUUGUUGGGAAGCUGGACCAGAGGAUCUCCUUGCUCACAGGUUUGAACGUGACGCAUCCAUAUGGCGAGUACCUUCAGGUGGUGAAUUAUGGGAUUGGUGGCCACUACGAACCUCACUUUGACCAUGCUACAUCUCCUUCAAGCCCUGUGUUCAAGCUGAAAACUGGGAAUCGAGUGGCAACCUUUAUGAUAUAUCUCAGCUCUGUCGAGGCAGGUGGGUCCACAGCCUUCAUCUAUGCCAACUUCAGUGUUCCUGUAGUGGAGAAAGCUGCAAUAUUUUGGUGGAACCUGCAUAGAAAUGGUCAAGGAGAUAUGGACACUCUGCAUGCUGGUUGCCCAGUGCUUAUUGGAGACAAAUGGGUGGCAAACAAAUGGAUUCAUGAGUAUGGUCAAGAGUUCCAACAUCGCUGCAGCCUGAAUCCUGAAGAGUAAGAGGGGCAGUGCAAUAGCUGGGCCCUUUGGAGUACAAGAGCCAGCCUUUACAAUUGUGAGUCACACUUGCAGGCAGAGAGAAGAGCCAGAGAGUGAGCGCACAAGCAGGGGAGAGGGAAAGCUGUUUAAGGGGAAGCCUGCAUCUGUGAUUGGAGCCUCGGGCCCCAGGGAGCCUGCAGCACGCAGCACAGUGGACACUGCUGCAAUGGACAUGGAUAAAAUAAGGCUGGACUGGGCUUUUGGAGGGUGGAGCUGAAGACUAGUGAGGCAGUUGGCAAUCAGCCCCCAGAGGCCAGGUUCUCUCUAACUGCUACUGGCCAGUUCCUGCAGAUGGAGAGAGGCCUCUGCCUUCACACACUGUGCUGAUUUCAGUUCACUGUGCAAGGCUGUUUGCCUCUUACCUACAGUUUGCUAAGAAACUCACAGCCCUUUUUCUACACUGGGCCCACUCGUAGGCCUGUCAUUAUAAAUGCUCCAGACAGCUGAAGUUUGCACACACUCAGAACUUUAUUUCAAAGUCUGUUCAUGGUUUACAAAGAUGCAGAAAAUGUCUCAUUAAAUCACAGUGACUUCUAUAGAAACAAAUGCACAACAUCCACAUUCUUCACUGAACGCACGCUGAUUGGAAAAAUAUGGGUUUGAAUAGUUGAUGCAAUAAAAACGUAAUAAUUCCACCUGAAAACAAUCACACAGAAUGCUCUAAAUUGUUGUAUUGGUUGAUAAAGAAUAUUUUUAUAACUUAAAGUUCUUAAAAGAUUUUAGUUGAAUCUAAAAUCUUCUCUUUCUGUGUGGUUUUGUAUCUUUCAAAGUUGUUUG